CCGGGUGUACUUCCGUGUUGUAGACUAGGAUGAAAAUAUUGUAGUAGAUUAUAUCUACAAAAAUCGACCUGCUGGAGGCGGGAGUGGCACAAAAAAAUCAGUUUAACAAUGGCAGAACUAGAGGUGUUCAGAGAAUUUAUCAAAGAGCGACUAUCAAUUGAAGCUUUACAGAUUUUCGGAGCCGUUGAAAACACAUUUUCCGAGUGCAAGGACGACGGCGCGCGAUUGGACGUUAAACCGGAGAUUAAUCUACACUUUACAGAUGUGCAGCAGCUCUCUUUCCCGGAGACUCCACAGAUAAAAGAGGAACAGGUGCUGUGGACCAGUCAGGAGGAAGAGCAGCUCCAAGGACUGCAGUCUGAAACUGCAGACUCCAUACUCACCCAGGAGUCAGAGUUUUAUAACGUCAGAAUGUCAAAAUUACAAUUGUUUCUCAGUGACAAACUAACAACAGCAGCUUUAGAAAUUUUUAUCAAAGUGGAAAAGAAGUUUGCUGAAUACGAAGGAGAAAUUAUGCGACUGCAAAGCUUGUUGGACAUUGUUACUCAACCCAAGAUCAAGCUACACAGAAUAGAUGUGCUGCAGCUCUCUCUCCUGGAGCCCCCACAGAUUAAAGAGGAACAGGAGCUGAGGACCAGUCAAGAGGAAGAGCAGCUUCGAGGACUGCAGUCUAAAACUACAGACUCCAUAUUUACUUCUCUCGGUGUGAAACAUGACUCUGAUCAGGAAGGCACCUCUGAAUGUUCACAUCUUGACCAAACUGUUAAAGUGGAGAAGACAGAAGGAGCCUCUCUACCCACCAACACAACUGAGGAACAAAUCAAAGCAGAGGCUGAUGGACAAGACUGUGCAGCACCAGAACCAGGUAGUGACUCUCAGCCCCUCUCCACUCCAGACCAUCCUACAGCUCAGAGUUUUGAGGAGGAACAUGCAGGAGUGCUGUUUUUUCGGAACGGAACACAAAACAAUGAGGCCCUGCCAAGGGAAAAUAGGCCUCAGGGAAAUCACAGAGGAAUAGUAAUACAUCAGUGUCAGGAAUGUAACAAAAACUUCAGUCAAAAGGGUACUUUGGUUCUUCAUAUGAGGACACACACAGGAGAGAAACCUUAUCAAUGUCAGGCAGGGGGCAAAAUGUUCCUCAUUGUGGAGUUUGUGGAGGAGAAGAACACUGGACCAGUUGCCAACUCCUGGUACACAAAUGGCUUGGCGUGGUGGCCUCCAUAUCAGGACCAGACCAGGAUCCUGAAAAGCAUUAAAAAAGCUGAGGUUCCACAGCCAGAAAAAGGAUGGACAAGGCAUCAAGCAAGGGUCCUAUAUGAAACAGAUUCCUUUGAAAACAUUGUAUGCAGAUGGAAGCAGUCCUGUUAUACGUCUGACAUCCAGUCAGAUUGUGAGAUUGCAAAGAGAGAGAGAAAAAGAAAAAGCUAUUCCUCUUCUGAAGAGGAGGCCCGAGACUCUAGACCCCCCUGUCUAGACCCUCCCAAAAAGCUGAGCAGUGCUCAAACACCCCCCUCACCACCACAACUAGAGCGAAAUGACUUAGCUACACUGCAAGACUGGGCAGCCACCCCAUCAAACACCCAAUAUAACCCUCAGCCAGGCAUAUGGGGACAAACACCUACUCCCCAUGUUGUCAAAGAAUUCUCUACGAGGGAAAACACCCAGCAGGGAUGGCCGCGUUAUCCCACCACACAGUGCACACCCUUUGAAAGAGUCCUACAAGAGGCUAUCCGGGAGAUGGACAUUCGGAUAGGCCAUCUAACGUCCAUGGUGGAGAGCCUGGUGCAGGGUAGACACAGAGGUCAGCCACAGCAAGAGGAUGACUGCUUCCAAAUUCCCCUCAUGGACACAGAGGCCCUUGACAGCUUUGAGGAGCAUCUCCAAAGCUCCGAAAAUAGGAAGAAGAUGAUCAAUGUACUGUCCCAGAGUGGAGGGCAGACCAUCAAAAAGACUGUCUGGAGAAUUGCCCAAAAAGUGUUUGCCAAUGUCUUGGCUAAACAGCUGAACUGGUGCGGCCGAGGAGACAAGAGGGGCCUGAAAGCCUCAAGGUGUGCGGCAGUAAUUAUUGGGGCUGCCAUGAGAAACCACAUGGUGCAUGCCACUGAGGCCGAAGCUGAGAAGUGUCUCCGAGAUUUUUUAAGAUUGGCAUCCGGACGGAAAUAGCCUAAUCCUACAAUUUCCAACGAUGAGCCCAUAUUUAAUAAACAUUUGAUAUAUAAUUUAGUGUACAUGCUGUGUUUUAUUUACUGCUCACUACAGGCAAAUUAUAUCCUGUAUAGGCUGAUAUAAGUCUUUUAUACUGUAUGUCUUAUAGACGGCGGCUAAACGUCAUUAAAAUAAUCUAGUGUAGCAGAUGAAAAAACAACACAUAAUACGUUUCAACGACCUUUAUAAGACAAAAGAACAAUGUAGCUUCUAUUAUGAUGUAGUCAUGUACAUCUGGAAUACACAGACUUACAUUUACAUUUAGUCAUUUAGCAGAUUAUUAUAUACAGUAGACACAGCAAGUCUGCUCUUUGAAGAUGGCAUCCCCAUUGAUUUCUAUGGAAAGUGCUGUGGCGCAGUGAGGCAAGCGAGAGCACGAAACGGACCGCGCCAUCUUUCCAGUUCCGGCUCGUCCGGUCUUGCGCAGAACAGUGGCUCGCUUGGCUAUCAGCUCCGAGACUUGUGUACGCUUGCAACUAGCUGUCAUACUUUGUGACAACCUAUCAUGAGCGUGUGAGCUAAGACAUUGCAGUAGAGACAGAAAACUUGCAGAAUGGGGUACAAGUCCAAUUAAGAAUCAGAUACAUGAUGCGAACUCAAUCAAAAUCAAUCCUAUCACUGUUUAGUAUUCCUUUCAUUUGGUUUUUAGUAAUAUAAGCCUAUUGUAGAUGGAACAUAUGUUCCACACAUGACUCAGACUCACCACAUACCGUGUUUCUUCAAAUAAAUGCCGCCCUCGAAUAAACACCGCACUAAAACGAACGUUGUGUAAUAAAUGUUGCCCUCAAAUAAAUAAUAAAAUCUAAAAACUGUUAUUUCAUUGGUUAAAUUCAACCCCAGCAUUUAUUACACAUUUACAUAUCUUUCUGCACAGCUUUCUGUUUGAAAGCUAACGUGUAUGAACUUUUAGGAAUCCUGCUUCAGAUUCAUACACAAUGUAGAACACUUGUAUUUGAGACAGUUGUACUACCAACGCACAACUAAUUGAUAACCAACUGAAACAAUCUUGCUUGUCAUUCCCAGUUUUCAUAAAACUUCUAAAAAUGGAUUUAAUAGAACAUCCAAGCACUACUUUCACCUGAUUUGUUUGUUUUCCUGGUUUGUUUUCCUUGUUUUGGUUUUCUGUUUUUCUUUGAUAUUUGACAACCUGAUAUACAUGUUAACACUUCUAUGCAUAAUUUCGACUCAUUUCUUUUGCAAUUUGUUAAAUAUAUUUAGUAUCGCUCACGUAUUAUGUUCAAUAAUAUAAAAUUAGUUUCAUAUUGUAUUUUCUGGUAAAAUUUCAACAAUUCUCUUUUGGUUUCACUUUUGU